AUGGACGAACGACCGACGAAGAAACGCAAGGUCCGAAAAGGAACUCGAAGCUGCUGGCAGUGCAGAAAGAGAAAGAUCCGCUGCGAGUUCGCCUCCAACGAGGAGCAAACCUGCAACGGCUGCCAGGCUCGCGGCGCCGUCUGCGUCAGCCAGGAGUUCACCGACGAUGAGCCGUCCGGUCCGCCCGAGCGCGGCCUCGCUCAGCGUCUCGGACGGUUGGAAGAGUUGAUGGUCAAGCUGGCCGACAAGAUGGGCCCUGAGGCGUCGUCGGUCAACAAAUCGAACCCGACGACGCCGUCCGUCGAAGGGUCCCUCCGUGCCUCGGACCCGCACGCCACGCCGGAGAACUCGGCCUGGCCGCCCGUGAGUGCUACCGCCGCCGCCGUCUCUGCUUCCAUUUCCGGUCCUGCGCCUCACCAAUCCGCACUGGACUCUCCUGCGGCAAAGCAGCCCCUUGUUGGUUCAAAGUACGACAAGAUAUGCCGGGAGAUCCACUCCGUAUUCCCGUCCCUUCAGGACGUCAAAACCAUCGUCCAGUCAAGCAGGGGCCCAAUCUUUGUGUUGAUCGUCUUCUACUCGUAUCAAGAUAUCCUCGAGGGCAAAUCCCAACCGACAUCAUCCCUCACCGCCAUACCAGACGUCGCCAAGCAUCCCGCUGUUCUGGCGAAGCAUUUGCUUCAGUUGACCAUCUGUCUCCAGCAGUUGCCGCCGUGCUUCGAUCCUUCGCAGCUCGAGAUCGGCUUGAAGGGUUCGAUUCAGGAUACGAUGGCAGCGUGGGCCGCGGCCGCCAGCGCGGUGACUUCCAAUGAUGAGUUGGUAGGUUCCGCAGAGGGCCUAGAGUGUCUCAUUCUUGAAGGCUUCUACCUCGUCAACUCUGGCAACCUCCGCAAGGCGUGGCUUGCCAUGAGAAGGGCGCUCAGCUUGGCACAACUGAUGGGCAUCGAGCGGGAUGGCUCGCGACCAUUGAAGUCGUGCGACCCCGCCACCGACCCUUCGACGAUGCCUUCUUCCCACUCGCUGUGGUCCCGCAUCAACUCGUGCGACCGCUACCUAUCCCUACUCCUCGGUCUCUCCGCUGGCUCCCAGGAUAACAGCUUCAUGUCGGAACCCUUCCUGGCCCGCGACACACAAAUGGAGAAGCUGGAAAAGAGGUACACCGCCAUAUCGCUGCGCAUCAUUGAGAGGAACCGCACAUCCGCGAUGGAAGCCUUUGGUAUUACCCAGUCUGUCGACUGUGAGCUCGAGCACGCGGCAAAGUCCAUGGGACGGAGCUGGUGGGAGAUCCCGUCCGUACCCGACUACGCCGACACAACCGCCCAGAUGAGCAUCAUGUCGCACCUGAUGCUUCAGAUCCAUCAUCACAGCUUGCUCAUCUUGCUGCAUCUCCCGUACAUGCUUCGCAACCAGACAAACACCCGCUUCGACUACAGCAAAAACACGUGUCUAGAGUCCAGCAGAGCCGUACUGAGGCGAUGCGUCAUCUUCCGCACCGCCAACAACGCCGCCUUUUCGUGCCGUCACAUUGACUACUCCUCACUCAUGGCCGCCAUGACGCUUCUCCUCGGCCAUCUCAGCCGCCCCCCCAGCAUUCGUGAAGAGGACUGGUCGAGACAACGAAGCGAGGAUCGAGCCCUGGCCGAAACUGUCCUGGCCAAGAUGGAGGAAUUGGCCCUGCUAAACGACGACAAGCUGUCUGGCGAGAGUGCAGAAAUAAUCAGGCAACUUCUUCCCAUCGUCGACUGCUGCAGCGGCGCAAAACCACCUCUGUGCCCCGAGUCGGAGGUAAAAAACCUCCAGUUGAGUAUCCCGUACCUCGGAAUCAUCAACAUCAAGACAACCGCAAACCAGACAGCCGAGUCGCAUUUGCUGGACCUGAGCCACUCGCAGCUACCGACUCCAGCAAACACCACCACCGUGUCGUCGGAAUCGCUACAGCAGGAUACGCCUCCCGCAGUGUCGUUGGAAGCGUUCCUCGGCCAGGACAACACGAUCCCUCACGAGGACGUUUGCGCAGGGUUCAGCGCCGACUAUCUCGGAUGGCCAUGCCCUGGAAUCACGGCAGAGGCUGGUGACUGGGCGUUCCAAGGUGUUGAUACGACCUAUUGGUCUCUGCUGAACAGUGGCAUGACCAGCGACUUUUCUCAAUGA